AUGGCAUCUGUUGGAGACAGAAGCCCAGCAUCAAGGCACAUUGAACAAUUCAAUGAUAACAGCAACACAUUUGCUGACAAAGAAUCAAAAAUAGAAAAUGAUCACUCCAUCACUAUAUCGGCAGACAAGGUGGAACUGAAGAAAUCAAUAACAUUUUUAGGAAUCAUUGCCAUUUUAGUUGCAAAUAUCGGAGGGUCCGGUAUUUUUAUUUUCCCAACAGCAAUUCUAAGUGUUGUCGGGUCGCCAGGUAUGGCUUUGAUUAUGUGGACGUUUGGUGGGAUAAUUCAGGCAGGAUUGGCUUUCAGCGUUAUAGAAGUUGCCUUAAUGUUCAACAAAGCUGGCGGACCCUAUUAUUUUAUCUACCAUACAUUUGGCAACCUGGCAGGGUUUGUGUUCAUGUGGGGGUUUAUUAUCUUCAUUGCCUCGCCGAUGUGGGCCUUGGGAGCUUAUACAACCAGCCUGUAUUUGUUGUCUGUGGUCUACAGCGGCUGUCUACCAUCUGAUGGUGUUGUGAAACUUGUAGCAGCUUGGAUUAUGUUAACCUUGAUUGCUAUCAACUGUACCUACAUGAAAGUGGUCACCUCCAUCCAGAAGUUCCUGACCCUCUGCAAAGUUCUGGCGCUGGUGAUCAUCAUUAUCUUAGGCUUUAUUCACAUUCCAACUGAAACAGGACAGGAGAACAUUAGUCAUUUCAUGGAAGGAACAAGCACCGACCCAGGAAAGAUAGCACUGUCCUUGUUUGCUGGCUACAUUGCCUUUGGGGGAUGGCCAAUUAUCACCAUUCUAGCUGAGGAGGUCAGGGUCCCAGAAAAAAACAUUCCCAAGGGCCUGGCUGUCAGCUUUGUUCUGCUGAUUGUGGCAAUGGUAGCCACCAACUUUGCCUACUACACAGUCCUAACCAAAGAAGAGGCCUUAAAGUCUGAUGCAAUUGCUAUGCUGUUUGGUGCAAGGAUUCACCCGGUGCUUCCUGUUGUCCUGGCCAUCCUUGUGUGUCUGUGUGCUAUUGGGACUCUCAAUGUGGCAAUUAUGGGUCAGCCGAGGAUGAUUUUUGCUGCUGGCAGGAAUGGGCACAUGCCUAAAAUGAUGACUAUGUUGCACAAGAAGUUCAAUACACCGUGGCCGGCUACUGUUUCACUGGGUUGCCUUGCAAUGGUGAUGCUGGCAACAGGUAGUGUUAUGUCCUUGAUGGCUGCUGCUAGUCUGUAUGCAGGUUUCAUGAUUGUUCUGCUGUUGUUGUGUUUGUUCACACUCCGUUGGAAACAGCCUGACAAGCCUCGACCCUUGAAGGUUCCCUUGGUGAUCCCCGUAUGUGGGACACUGCUGACUGCCACCCUGGUUGUCCUGUCUGUGAUUGAGAAGCACCGAGAGCUCGGCCUUGUGAUCUUCAUUGUGCUGCUCGGUGUACCCGUCUAUUAUAUCUGUGUCCAUUUGCAGAAGCCAGCUAAACUCUUCAGAUGCAUUG